AUGUCGCGUUUUCGUAUACCGCGUUCACCGUUUUGGCUCCCUCCAUGUGAAGACGAUGAAAUUGACUUUUUUCUCAAAGAUGCUAUAACUCAUAAUGGGCAUCAUUUGGAAAACUUGAGUCCGUCCAUCACUGAGAAGUAUACGUCGUUUUUGAAUCAGCCUAAAAUUUUGCAUGUAUGGGAUACAAUAACUUACGAAACCGUUCCACUACCGAUUAUAAUACACGAUUACAUUGCAACGUAUACAAGAAUGUCAAAUAAUAGAAGAAGUGUAGCAGAAGUGUAUCUGGAAGACUAUGGCUACACCCUAACAUUUCCAUUCUCUCCAGUAAUAGCGGAUGUUCUAGGUCGUUACCACCCAAUAGAAGUGUGUGCAGUUCGUAUUCAAAACCCUUCAAUAAACUCGGACAUUGAUUAA